AUGGCCGACAACUACACCGUCGGGGCCACGCGCUCCGACAAGCCCACCAACACGCCCUCAUCCACGUCGGCACUCAUCGCCACCAAGUUCACGACGACGGCGAUCCGCAGCAAGACAAACCGGCACGAGUCGCCGCAAAAGGGCAUUUCUGAUUUCUGGUCGGCCUUCCACGCACGGAAGCCGGGCAGGAUCACGUCGAUAUUCCCGCGGCGACUGUACGAGCAGUGGGGCCUGCAGCCUGCCCAGGAUGUCGUGGGAUGGACUGCCGCGACGGUGGCGGGUGUUGCAGAUGUGAGCACGCCCGCAGCCUCGUCCUCCUCAUCGACUUCCUCGACCUCGUCGGUCUCAUCAUGGGCGGCUGUGUCGGCUCCGUCGACGCCCGCAGAGCCGUCGCCAACGCCGACGACAUCCUAUGAGGCUGCCGCAGCGGCUUGCCGUGCCGCCGUGGCCCGCAUCGUCAGCGCGUGCCACCGCACGAAUGAAAAGUUCACGGACCCCGAGUUCAACUUGGAGGACGACCCCAACCAGAACUGUCUGCGCGGCCUGGUGCGGCGGCGCGCGGCGGACGGCGGGGAAGAGAAUGCGCUGCAUCCACUGCACACACCGCCGGCGGUGCAUCGCGUGGACUGGAUCUUUGAGAAGCCGGUGUUUGUCAAGAACGGACGCGAGCGGAGUGAGGACACCAGCGAGCGCAGCGAGGACAGAAAGACAAGCGAGCGCAGCGAGGACAGAAAGACAAGCGAGCGCAGCGAGGACAGAAAGACAAGCGAGCGCAGCGAGGACAGAAAGACAAGCGAGCGCAGCGAGGACAGAAAGACAAGCGAGCGCAGCGAGGACAGAAAGACAAGCGAGCGCAGCGAGGACAGCGGCUUCUCGUCGUCCGACGUGCAGCAGGGCCGCGUGGGCGACUGCUGGUGGAUCGCCGCCGUGGCAACGAUGGCGCACCGCACGGACCUGAUGCGCCGCGUGUGCGUGGCCCGCGACGAGCGGUGCGGCGUCUACGGCUUUGUGUUUGUGCGCGACGGCGCGUGGACGCCCGUGGUGGUCGACGACCAGCUGUACGUGCACCACGCGGACUUCCGCGCCGAGACGUACGACGCGUCGGGCCAGCGCGCGCGCGACCACCGGCAGCGGUUCCAGCGCGGGUCGGAGGCGCUGUCGUUUGCGCGGUGCGCCGACGCCAACGAGACGUGGCUGCCGCUGCUGGAGAAGGCGUUUGCCAAGGCGCACGGCGACUACGGCGCGCUGGCGGGCGGCUGGUGCAGCGAGGGCAUGGAGGACCUGACGGGCGGCGUCAGCACGACCAUACCGGCGAGCCGCGUGCUGGACAAGGACCGGCUGUGGCGGGAGCUGGCGGGUGAGGCGGGCGGGAUUGGCGACGACGGCGGCGGGCGCAACAGCGACUUUGUGUUUGGCCUGUCGGUCAUGGGCUGUGGAUGCGCCGGCGCCAACCACAACGGCCUCGCCGUCAACCACUGCUACUCGGUGCUGCGGGCGGUCGAGGCCCCCUCGGAGGACGGCGCCGCGACGGUCCGCCUCGUCCAGAUCCGCAACCCCUGGGGCCACCGCCACGAGGCCACGCACAUGGGCGCCUGGCACGGGCCCUGGGCGGACGGCGCCAAGGAGUGGACGCCGUACUGGCUCAAGACGCUAGGCCACACGUUUGGCGACGACGGCGUGUUCUGGAUGGCCUUUGAGGACGUGCUGGCGACGUUUGGCUACCUGCACCGAACGCGCCUGCUGGACGACGCGUGGACGGCGGCGGCGCCGCUGUGGACGUCGUUGCGUGUUGGCUGGGUCGCCGGCUACGCGGACACGACCUUUGCCGUCGACGUGGAGGCGGCCGGGCUCGUGGUGGUCGUCCUGUCCCAGCUCGACGACCGCUACUACCGCGGCCUGCGCGGGCAGUACACGUUCACGCUGCGCUUUGUCCUGCAGUCGGCCGACGGAACGGUCCUCGCCAGCGCCCAUGCGCCCAACGCCCAGGAGACGCGGUCUGUCAGCUGCGAGGUCGUUCUUCCCGCCGCUGGGCGGUACACGGUGCGCCCGCACAUCACGGCCCGACGGGACCGGCGCAGGCUGGCAGAGGCGGCCGUGGUGCGCAUGACGGCCGAGACCAACCCGGCCAAGCUGCGGCAGGUCGGGCAGCAGUACGAUGCGGCGCACGCCAAGGGAGGCGAUGUCGUCGACGAAGACCAGCGGCUGGAAGACCGACGGGUGCGCAACGUGGCGAGGGUGCGGGCGCGCAGAGCGUGGCACAAGGCGGAGCUGACGCGGCUGCGCGCGGCGCGCGUGGCGUGGGUGGCGGCGCGAGAAGAGUUUCGACUGCGGCGCGAGAAACAGAUGCACGACGUGGCCGUGAAGGAGACGGAGAAGGACGACAGGGUUGACCAGGACAAGGACAAGGACAGCAAGGACGGCGAGGACAGCAAGGACGUUAAGGACGGUAAGGCCCUCCCCGACGUCGACCCCGGCCCCGAACCAGUGGCCUUUCCCGAACCCAGCUUUUCCGACAGCGAGCUCGACGCCGACGACAGCGACGACAUACUGGACGACAGCGACGGCGAAAUCGUUGCCAUCGAUCUGCGCAAGACCAUGGGUAAGAAAGGAUGGCCGUUUGUCGAGGGCGACGACAGGGGCGGCGACAAGAACGACAAGAGCGACAAGCAAAGUGACGACGACAGCCACGCCGACGACGACGACUCGCCGUGGAAUGCCGUCUGCAUCGUCGGCCUGCGCGUGUACGCGAAAGAGCCAGGAGUCUCCGUCGGCCUGGUGAAGCCAGAGAAGACAACUGUGGGGGGCACAAACACAGAUAUGAGAUAG